GUAAACCCAGAUCCUGGAAAGUAUUAUGUCCUAUUCGCAAGGCAACCAAUUUCAAAUGGACCAAAUAGGAGCCAUCUUUGGGUCAGCUGUCUAGUUUUCUUACAAAUCUAUGAUUUGAAUUCAAUCCCUGAUCUUUUCUAAACCUAACAAAGUAAUUAAAAAAGUAGUUUUGUUGCCUAAAUUUAACCAAGUAGUUUUAAUGAUUAAAACCAACCAAAUAGUUUUGAUGCCUAGAUGUAACCGAACUGCGAGUACAGGUCACGUGACAAUGGCAACGAGGGCUACAUAGAAAGUCAACUGAUUUCAUUCUUUCCUGCACGUGCAAAGCUAAAAAAAAAAUUGCAUGUUGUUUUAUGACACGCACAAUGAUGUUGGAAGUAGCGUGUGUUUUAUUCGCCAUCCCACAAGAUCCUGUCUGUAAGUUGAGAUACUUUGCGGCGUUGCCACUUGUCCAUUCCCCCCCCCAUUUUGUAGCUAAAGGGCUGACUCCCUGCGCGCGCACUCCCGGAGUUCUCUAAUUGGUGCCCGCGCUCUCGUGGAAAGGUGGAUGCUUGGCUCAUAGCUGCUGCGGGGCUCAGUAGAAACUUGUGCGGCUGAAACUUUGACAACCAUCGUUAAAUGUCUGUCACAUAGAUUUAAAUAUUUAAAGUACAUGCUGCUCACAAACUCUCCCGAUGUCUGACGAGGGAGAGGAAAGCGACAGCGGAGACAGAGAGCAUCUCUCUGGAUCUCCCUCCCCGCCUCUGUCUCUCUGUCUUCCCCGAGAAUCUCCUUCCACAGCGCGGCCCCUAGACCUCUUCUCCUCUGCCUCUCCGCUGCUCGGGGACACAGACCCGCCGUACCUCUCCUCUCUGGAAUGUCUUCAAACGUUUCCAGAGAACCGGGAACCCGGGGACGCACCACACCUCACACCGCCAAAGUUCCACCAGGGCACCGGGGACACUGGCUCUCCGUUUCGUUCGCGUCGGGAUGUGUUUGUAGAUGCGGUGUUCGACCGCUACAAUGAUCCGUUUCCCAAGUGGCGAGGACGAGGCGCGGAAAACGCUGAGCUCUUUCAGCACCGUGGACAGAGACUCCACCGGGCUCCGGAGCUCUCGGAGCACGGGAACCACUACUCUGCUGAGCACAUCGACACCGAGUUCAACCCCGAAACCAGGCAAACGGUGGAAGCCAUGCACCGCAGACACACCACACUGAGAGAGAAGGGGCGUCGCCAGGCAGUGAGGGGCCCGGCCUACAUGUUCAAUGAACGCGGCUCUCCGCUCACUGCAGAGGAAGAGCGUUUUUUGGAUGCUGCUGAAUACGGAAACAUUCCUGUGGUCCGCAAAAUGCUGGAAGAGUCUAAAACCCUUAACUUCAAUUGUGUGGACUACAUGGGCCAGAAUGCUUUGCAGCUGGCAGUGGGCAAUGAGCACCUAGAAGUGACUGAGCUGCUUCUAAAGAAGGAUGGUUUGGCUAGGAUCGGGGAUGGUCUGCUUUUGGCUAUCUCCAAGGGUUACGUUCGAAUCGUUGAAGCUAUUCUUGCCCACCCUGCUUUUGGUGGAGGUCUUCGACUGGCUUUGAGUCCCCUGGAGCAAGAGAUGAGGGAUGACGACUUUUAUGCCUAUGACGAGGACGGAACGCGGUUUUCCCAUGAUGUCACCCCCAUCAUUCUAGCUGCUCACUGCCAGGAGUAUGAGAUUGUCCACAUCCUUUUGACAAAGGGGGCCCGCAUUGAAAGGCCACAUGACUACUUCUGUAAGUGUUCAGAAUGUGUGGAGAAACAGAAGAAAGACUCGUUCAGUCACUCACGCUCCAGGAUGAAUGCGUAUAAGGGCCUGGCCAGUGCAGCUUACUUGUCGCUCAGCAGUGAAGACCCUGUGCUGACUGCCCUCGAGCUCAGCAAUGAACUGGCAAGACUGGCCAACAUUGAGACAGAGUUUAAGAAUGACUACCGUAAGCUGUCCAUGCAGUGUAAGGACUUUGUGGUGGGUGUAUUGGACCUUUGUCGGAACACAGAGGAAGUGGAGGCCAUACUAAACGGUGAUGUGGACCGGUGCCCUCCAAGCCCCUACAACCGACCCUGCCUCAGCCGUGUCAAACUGGCCAUAAAGUAUGAAGUCAAAAAGUUUGUCGCCCAUCCCAACUGUCAGCAGCAGCUGCUGACUAUCUGGUACGAGAACCUGCCCGGUCUGAGGCAGCAGUCCAUCGGGGUGAAGUGCUGGACAGUGCUGGGGGUCACCGUAGGUCUGCCUUUCCUGGCUAUCGCCUACUGGAUAAUGCCAUGUAGCAAGAUUGGUCAGGUCCUGCGAAGCCCCUUCAUGAAGUUUGUGGCCCACGCAGUCUCCUUCACCAUCUUCUUGGGUCUGCUGGUUGUCAACGCCUCUGACCGCUUUGAGGGUGUCAAGAACCUGCCCAAUGAGACCAUCACAGACCACCCACGACAGGUGUUCAGGGUCAAGACCACCCAGUUCUCCUGGACAGAGAUGUUGAUCAUGAAGUGGGUGUUGGGCAUGAUUUGGUCAGAAUGUAAGGAGAUCUGGAGUGACGGUCCCAGAGAAUAUGUCAUGCACCUUUGGAACGUUCUGGACUUUGGCAUGUUGUCCAUCUUUGUGGCGUCCUUCACGGCACGCUUCAUGGCGUUCCUCAAGGCAUCCAAAGCCCAGCAGUAUGUGGACAUGCACGUUACAGAUGAAGACCUCAGCAAUGCCUCACUGCCUGACGAAGUCGCCUACUUCACUUAUGCCAGGAACAAGUGGCGCCCCUCAGACCCCCAGAUCAUCUCAGAAGGCCUAUAUGCCAUCGCCGUGGUGCUGAGUUUCUCACGCAUCGCCUACAUCCUGCCAGCCAAUGAGAGCUUCGGCCCCCUGCAGAUCUCACUUGGGCGCACAGUCAAAGACAUCUUCAAGUUCAUGGUCAUCUUCAUCAUGGUGUUUGUGGCCUUCAUGAUUGGAAUGUUCAACCUGUACUCAUACUACCUGGGAGCCAAAUACAAUCCUGCCUUCACCACGGUGGAGGAGAGUUUUAAGACUCUUUUCUGGUCCAUCUUUGGCCUGUCUGAAGUGAUCUCAGUUGUGCUGAAAUACGACCAUAAGUUCAUAGAGAACAUCGGCUACGUGCUGUACGGAGUCUAUAAUGUCACGAUGGUGGUUGUCCUUCUCAACAUGCUCAUUGCUAUGAUCAACAGCUCGUACCAGGAGAUAGAGGAGGAUGCUGAUGUGGAGUGGAAGUUUGCCCGGGCCAAGUUGUGGCUCUCCUACUUUGAUGAGGGCCGCACCCUGCCAGCCCCCUUCAACCUGGUUCCCAGCCCAAAGUCCUUCUACUACCUGGUCCUUCGCAUCAAGUCCUGCCUGAUACACCUCUGCAAGGCCAAAAGCCGUCGCCAUAACAAUGAGCUAGAAUUGGGCAUGCUCAACUCACAGGCCAAGCAGGAUGAACGCUUCAGGUCUUAUCCUCGCUCAGGAGAGGAUAUCCCCAGAAAAUCUAGAAAACAUCCGACCAGAUACCAGAAUAUCAUGAAGCGCCUGAUUAAGCGCUAUGUUCUGAAGGCCCAAGUGGACAGAGAGAGUGAUGAAGUCAAUGAAGGCGAGCUGAAGGAGAUCAAGCAAGACAUUUCCAGCCUCCGUUAUGAGCUCCUAGAGGAGAAGUCCCAGGCUGCUGGAGAACUCGCUCUGCUCAUCCAACAACUCGGCGAUAAGUUUGGCAAGAACACCAUGAGACACUAACAGGACUCGCAAGAAGGAGAGAGAGGGAGGAGGGGGUGAAACAGGGUGAAAUCACGAGGAGGUCGGGACAGAGAGCAGGGUUAGUGUAGUUAUUUUUAAGACCUUGAUAGAGGAAGAAACAGAAAACUGGGAGGGGGGGUGCUCGUGAGAUAGACAGGGGAUGGAAUGCUUGAGAAACAAAUUGGGCACAGAGUGAAAAUUUGCUAAACUUAAAGUGAAAGGCAAGUGUUUUAUACAUGCAAUGACCAAUGGCGGGAAAGUGAGAAGAAGAUACAUUAUAUGGACAAAAGUAUUGGACCACCUGACCAUUCCACUAACAGUGACUUUAAUGACAUGACAUUCUAGAUACAUGGACAGCUUUGCAGCUCCCACAGCUUCCACUCUUCUGGGAAGGCUUUCCACAAGAUGUGUUUCUUUGGGAAAUUCUUGCUAGAAUUUGUGAGGUCAGACACUGAUGUUGAACCAAAAGGUCUGGCUUACAAUCUCUGUUCCAGUUCA